CUGGAACAAUGGGAGAAAAGCAAGAAUAUGAUGACAAAACUUCAGUCCUACGAAGAACAACUGUUGGAACUCCAGUGGAUAUCCAGAGACCUGAGUGCAAGCAAUGAUGACCAGCUGCUUGAUAAAAUGACUUCCUCAUUGUGGGAUAGGUGGCUGUAUUUAUUGGGCAUUGCUAGAGACCUGGAGCUCUAUGGUGAUGAACUGAAACAGGAGUGGAAAUUCAUCAGUGAGCUGUUGGAACGGGAGGUGAUAUUUCUAGAUAACUGCCAGGAAGAAAUUUUGGACAGGCCUGAUGUCAGGCAGAGAGCCUCUCAUCUCCAGAAUUCAUUAGCUGAAAUUGAUCGCUUCGAGGAAAAUAUCCAGGCGCAGCAGCUGCACCUAUCACUUCUGAAGCAUCGGAUCCAGAAUAUUUUGGGAAUUCCAGAAUCUGGUUCAGAGCUAGCUCCAGUUUUCCAGGAAAUCCAAGCCAUGCAAUCGAAGUGUGAAGGACUUCUAUAUAAGGCUCAAGUAAAUAAGCUGGAAAUA